CUGUUCUCUGUGUGCUUUAAAUAAGCCACUGCAGCCAACAGUGUAGAUCUCAUUUAGACAGGUCUUUGCAUUUAAACUUUCAAAACUUGUCCAAGAUGAUUUGUGGGAAAGCAUUUGUGCUGCUUAUGAUAGCAGUAUGCAUUAAAGCACAGCAAAACUUUCAGCAAUGUGAGGUAAAACCAGAUGAGAGGGUUGAAUGUGGAUAUCCUGGAAUUACACCAGAUGUGUGUACCGGAAGAGGAUGCUGCUUCAGUUCUGCCAUUGUCGGAGUAAAAUGGUGCUUCCGCCCAAAAGUGAGCAGUGUUUGUGAGGUGCUUCCAUCACUCCGUGAAGACUGUGGCUUCCCUGGAAUUACAAUUUCCCAAUGUAAUAGCAGAGGGUGCUGUUUUGACUCCCGCACCAGUAAUGUGAUUUGGUGUUUCAAACCAGAUAGUAAGGAUUUUAAGUAUUUGUGA